CGGAGACUUCUAGUGUUCUAGUGCGUUCUAGUGGUUGCAGUGGCGUAGGAGAGAUCGGAAGAAAUUGAGUAAUGGGGUUUCUGUUUCGGAAUUUAAAUGCUCAUGGUGUUCAUAAAUAAUUAUAUGAUUGUAGACAACGAGACAUAAAGCUGAAGCAUACCUUAUAGUCUGAACCAUGAAUGCACUCAACACCUUACAUGUAGGUUUAAGAUCUCAGAACAGAAGGCAGUUGAACAUUCUGGGUGUUAUUAAACAGUACUCUUCAACCAGAGGUCAGGAUAUAAUCAUACCAAAAAGAAUCCAUAGAAGCCCAACAGAUAUACUUAAGGCAUUGGCUAGCACAGUAAAGUCUGACCCAACAGCUCCUCAUUAUAAGUAUCAUGAUGAUCCUUAUUUAACUCCCAUAUCUAAUGUUGCAAAGAGGUCAUUUGCCUUGUCCAAAGAAUCUGGACGGAAAGCAGCUCACUGGAUCCGAGCUCAGAACUCAGAACUUUUUCAACACAAAGUUGCAUACCCUCCAAUCCAGGCAUUUUAUCCACAGCUGGUUUAUGAUGAUAACAGUGAGGUAGAUGAGGAGGCUCUAAAGAAAGUUAUUGAUGAUGUUCUGGUAUCAGAUGCAAUUAGAGUGUUCCAGCUGUUACAGAAGAAAGGCCAGAGUAUAUCCGAAUCAACAAAGCAGGCACUUCUAGAAUUACUGUGUUUUUACAAUUGUGAGGAUACAUUGCCAGAAGACAUGAUUGAAGAGCGGUGGUUUAGACAUGGUGGCUGGUACAAAGCUAAACAACGGAAAACAUGGAAGGAUAAUGCUUUGGCUGAGAAGGUGUUCAAUUCAUUGGAUUCGCCAGGAUCGGCUGCAUACUGUGCGUUGCUGCAGGGAAUGACACGUUUCUACCAAGUUGAUCGAGCUUGGAAGCUCUACAAGGAAACACAAGAGAGAGGAAUUGAUCUCACCAGGGAUGCAUUUAAUUCACUUAUUCGUGUUGUUUGCUACUUACGUGAGGGAAACGAGAAUAGAUGGCAGCUCAUUCAGGAACUCUUGACAGCAAUGGCAAAGCAGAAUAUAGCACCAAAUAUUGGAACACUGAAUGCUGUGUUGGAAGCAAUUAGUAGCAUGGGACCCCAAAAACACGUGAAGACUUAUGCACUCAGAGCACUAGCUGAGUUAAGACAUGUUGGUGUGCAGCCAUCAUUAGCAACUUAUUACUUCCUGCUUAUCACAUUUUGUAAAGAGAGAGGACCCGUUAGUUCAAUCUUAGUAGAUAUAAUGGAUGCAAUUGAAGGUCAGACAUUCAGCAUCAAGGAUCCCAAGGACACAUUCUUCUUUGUAACAGCUAUGGAUAUAUGUAGGAACCAUCUGCAGAACAUUGACUUAGCACAUCGUGUGAACAAGUUGCUUCAUACGGGUAACAAUUAUGAUCUCAUUGGAGACUCGUUUAAGGAGUCUAUCUACUAUCGGCAUUAUUUUGUGCUUCUCUGCAACAUGGAACCUCUCGAAGUAUUUAUGGAAUACUACAAUAAGCUUGUCCCUCACAUUUAUAUCCCAGAACCUGCAGUAAUGGAGGAAGUAAUAAGAGCUGUUGAUAUGAAUGGAGCUGCUGAAUAUUUCCCAAAACUAUGGUCAGAUAUGGUAAUUUUUGACCAUACAGAAAGAGUAAAUAAUGUUGCUGCCAUUUUGAGUGGGAUGGUAAGGAAUAAACCUCAGCCAUCAAGUGAUCUCACAGAAAAGUUUGCAGUAAUUGCAUGGAAUGCCUGGGAGAAGCUGGAAGUCAGUGUAGAUGGAGAAAAGUACAGACAGUUCAGAUGGACUGGUGAGAUGCUUGGAGAUAUUAUGUUGCUCUGUUUGCGUUAUGAAAGAUUUGAUCAAGCACGUCGUGUUCUCACCAAGUUGGAAAAAAACCAAAACAGCAUAGUUGGUGUUCCUAACAUUGAAGCACUGCAGCUGUUCACAGAUAUGUGCAUAUCACGGAAUAAAAUAACUGAAGCACUUGAAUGCAUCCAGUAUUCUGCAGAUGCUGGAUUUCCAGAAACUGGUAAACUUGCUCAGCAACUGAGUGGCGCUGUUGAAUUAAAUACAGAGCAGUUGAUGAGACUCACUGACAUUGUGGGACAAGAAGUAAUACAAUCUCCGAAUAGUGCAUCUGUGGCAGAGCAGUAGAAACAUUCAGAAUACUGUCAGUUACUGGAUAUGUGAGUGAUGUAAUUCACCUCUGAAUGUAAUGCAGCAUUUGUUUUACAAUAUAUUUCAGCUGUAAACAUUCUGUAAUGCGAUCAUAUUUAACCCUUAUAGUACAGAGAUCUAUUAGAUUAACAGUUCCAUAGAGCACAGGUCUUCUUGAGAAGCUGAUAGGUGAUCAGUUGCUCAAGAAAUUCCCUGCACUUGAUGAAACUUGGAAGUUCAUUACCAUGUUCACAGGAACCUGCCACUGGACUCUUAUCUUGAGCCAGAUGAAUCUUGUUUCUGUUUGAAGCUUUGUUUUAAUUCAUUUACAUGUGUAAGAACAUUUACAAAAAUUUAUAAAAUUCCUAAAAAUUUUCAUAAUGGAUACUUUAGGUGAAAUAUGUAACUAGAACUCCAUCCCCAAACUUUCCAAUUUCAUGGAAUACACUUUGGCACUAAAGGUUUAAGCAGUAAUGUGGGUAUGUCGAUAUUUCAUAUUCUUUGAAGUGUCACAGGGAUAUGUAAAUAAUAAAGAAUAAUUCAGCAUUCUCAUUAUCAAUAGCAUUAUCCAAACCAAAAUGUUAAAGAUUUUUUAAAGUCCAUUACCUACAACCAACUGCUGAUUAGGAAUUUUACUUCACAAGCAGAACCCCACCAACUAUUUUCUGUGCGCCCACAAGCAUGGAACACAUACAUUCCACUCAUAAUUUCCUGCAUUUGCAUACAUAUAAGAAUAAAUGCAUUUACUCAUAUUGAACUUGAGUGACGGACAUCACAAAUAGUUCAAAUCCCACCAGUACUUACAUAUGUACACUACAUCAUGGUUGGAAUACAUGCAACUUUUUUAAAUGUAAGUGAUGAUUUUGAAU